AUGCGUGUUCCCGUUCAAAAUCCCGACAUCGGCAAACCGCGAAAUCCGAAUUACGAGAAAGAUAUUGUUCGCGUUCUAAGUCACAACAGGUGGAUUCUGAAGUCAAUCGGCAUUUGGCCAGCUGUUCUAACGGGAAGCAGGCAGUUUUUACCGAAUGUCAUGAUUGGAUUCUGCAAUUUGGUACUGUUCUUCGCGAUAGUACCGUGCAGCUUGCACAUCGUGUACGACCUAAAGGACACGACGAUGCGAUUGAAGCUACUCGGAUUGCUAAGUUUCUGCUUAACGUCGUUGUUAAAGUAUUGGGCUCUCGCGGCGCGUAGACCGAAGAUCAAGGAGUGCAUCGAGUUGGUGGAAAUUGAUUGGAAGCAGGUGGAGUUGAGCAAGGAUCGCGAAUUGAUGCUGAAGUACGGUAAAAUGGGUAGAAAUCUGACGAUACUCUGCCUCGUAUUCAUGUACACCGGUGGCACUAUCUACCACACGUUCAUGCAAUACGCGAUCGGUACUUUCGUCGAUGAACACAAUCGCACGAUCAAGCCGUUAGUGUAUCCAAGUUACAGCGGUUUGUACGACGUACAGAGAAGCCCGGUUUACGAACUAGUGUACAUCGUACAUUGUAUGUGUGGAUAUGUUAUCUAUUCCGUGACGACUGGUGCUUGUGGAUUAGCCGCGCUUUUCGUAACGCACAUUUGCGGACAGAUCGACAUCGUUUUGUCCCGAUUGGAUAAUCUCGUUGACCACGAACGAAACUCUAAUUCGAACGGGCGAUUCGUAGAGAUCAUCGAACGUCAUCUACGAACAUUAAGAUUUUCAGAAGUGGUAGACACAAUUCUGCAAGAAGUGUGCUUCCUGGAAUUCAUUGGUUCCACUUUUAUGAUAUGUCUGCUCGAAUAUUACUGCAUAACGGAUUGGGAACAGGGUAAUACGAUUGGCGUAACAACCUACAGUAUGUUACUAAUAUCUCUGACCUUUAAUAUAUUUAUACUAUGCUACAUCGGUGAACUCCUGAUGGACAAGGCUAGUAACGUUGGAAUAUCGUGUUUUAUGAUUGAUUGGUACCGUUUGCCCAAUAAAACGAUACGUGGUCUCAUACUGAUAAUCGCCAUGUCGAAUAAUCCGGCAAAAAUUAGUGCCGGUAUGAUAGCUGAUUUAAACUUGUCUACUUUUGGAAAGAUACUUAAAACCUCAUUGGCAUACUUGAGUUUUCUUCGAACGGCCGUUGUGUAA